CCUCGCUUAAACAUAUUCUCUCAAACAUUUCGUCGAAUCACCAAGAUGCUUUCUUUCUGUCGGACUCGCCUCUUCUCCUCCGCUUUCCGAAGACCUCUUCCCUUCUCUACUCCAUCUCUCACAGCGCCACAACUUCUCUCCACCCGAUCUCGACCCUCCUCCCUCAACUCUGCCAGCGGAGACGACCAGUGGAACGACGCCUGGGAGACCGCCUGGCUCCCCGACGAUCUCUCCCCAGUUGGCGAACGAGCCCCAUGGGAGCCCGCUAACUCCUCUGCCAACGACGUUGAUCUACCUAUCGAGGCUGACGCUGACACCCAGGCCUUCGUUGCGGAGAUGAACGAGCGGUGGAAUGAGCGCCGCGGUGCUAGGGGUUCCCAGAAAGGGUCGCAGUUGGUGGAGCCAGCGGAAGGUGUCGUCGAGAAGAAGACUGCAUAUGAUUAUAGGAUUCGAAAGCAGAGAAUACAUGCUGGUCUGUGGAUGAAGGAGAUAGAGAAGCUGGAGGAGGCCAAGUUGGGUGGUUCCAAUGCCAGUGACGACCUUGAUCGCCUUCUCGAUUCAUGCUCCGAGAUCUUUGAUUCCGGGAAUAUUGGACAGGAUGAUUCUAAGAUUCCUAGUACUACAGAGUUCAAAACCAAGCCUGAUGGUUGGGAAACAACAUCCAAGAGCCGAGAUGGAAAUAUAUGGGAAAUAUCUCAAAGAGAAGAGGAUGUUCUCCUCCAAGAAUUCGAGCGCAGGAUAGCUUUCAGCAAAUUUCAGCUCGCUAGCUUCAUCAAAACUCAUAUAUUUAGCAGGAGGCGGCCUGUAGAUGGCUGGAAGUACAUGAUAGAGUUAAUUGGCCCCAACGCAAAGAGAGGGAAAGGGGGCGUCCAAAGGCUGCCCAGUUUAGCUGACCCAUCUACACUGCCUUAUAAGGAAGAAAGACCAGCCAUCGGGCCUAAUUUGAACUCCUACAAAAGGAGAUAAUUCAUCACCUCGAAUUGGAACCCAAUUAUCUAAAUCCUUUGACUUUUUUUAUUGGGCAUGGAAUUUAUCCCUAAUUAUCAUUAUACCUUUAUCCUACUUCCUGACUAUUAGUAUUCAUUGUGAUUGACCUUUGAUAGGGUUGUAAAUGAGCCAAGCUGAGUUGAAUAGUAAGAGAUUUGAGCUCGGGUUCGAUUCGUUAUCCCUAAGUUCGAGCUCAACUCGAGUUCAAUUCGAGUUUUAGUUCUUAAGCUCGAGUUUUAGUUAUUAAGCUCGAGCUCAGCUCAUAAUAAAAUUAAAUAGUUCAAGUUUGGCUCUACCGCUUGAGUUCAGUUUAAAAUAUGGCUCAUCAGUGGCUUGAUUCGUUUAUACUCUUAUCCUUAUGUCCCUUUGGCAAUGCUACAGAUAAGAUAUCACUGCACGGUUAACUUUAUGAACUUGGUUUUGAUUUUCAUUUUCAU